UUAUACAAAAUCUGUUUCAUCAGACGCCGGCCUGAUCUCACCGAGGAACAGUUUUAUGACUACUGGAGGAAUGUCCACGCUCCCAAGAUUGCGUAUUGGUCCAAGAAGCAUGGCAUAAUCGGAUACACACAGAUUCACACAUCUAGCGCUCUACGCCAGCCAUUGACCGCGACGCCGCUUCCCCUCGCAGUCAUGGACUUUGAUGGCGCUGUGAUAUGGGAAAUUCCGAGCUUGGAGCACUUCUUCAACGCUUUCAAUGAUCCGUACUACUUGAACGUUAUUGCUCCGGAUGAAGACAACUUUCUCGACAAGAGC